UUAGCCUCGCCCCCGAUGGUGCUGCUGAAUGCGCAGAACGUGUCUGAUCUCAUUUUGAGUUUGUCAACUUCAGCAAAAGUAUCUCAGUGGAAAUCCCAGCUGUCAAAGGUUUACCAAAACAUGGCUAACGUGAACCCGGGUUCGACCAGUUCCAGGGCAGUGGCGAUGGCCAGUCACCUGCUCUCCAAACCGACUGUCCCAACACAACAAGCUCAGCUGGGCAGGUCGGUCCCAAAGCUCCGUCGGCAGAUGAGCGCUAUGGCUGCCGGUGGAUACAGCGGAAAUACCAGCUUAGCUCUACCCAACGAAGAUAAGCCCAAUGCGGGCCGGGCCCAGGCAUCCAGCCGGUCAUUGAUAUACAGGGACGUUAAAGCGUUUCUGAACGAGUUGGGCGGAGAUCCACGGGAAGCGCGAUAUUGGUUAACUCAGUUCCAGAAGUGCAGUGCUUCCCAGUCACCGGCUUUUGCAGUGAUUGAGGUGGACGAGGAGGUGUUUGGAAGCAAGGCUGCAGUUCACAGCCUUGCCUUUGGGCUCUCAUUCCUGCAGCGGAUGGAUAUGAAGCCGGUGGUAGUGAUGGGGCUCCCAGACAAGGAGGCCGAAACUCUCUCCAGUGCCAGGACUAGGGUGGUGCAGAACUGCCGGUCCCUCAUUGAGGCUCUGCAAGCGAACUCUGUCUCCGUCAUGCCUUUCUUCGGUGGGCCACCCUUGCUUCGUGUCGGAGAGACCCCCUCCUCUCCCAGCAGCAGAUGUGAGUGCCUCAUUGAAGUGGACUCUGACCUGCUGCAGUGGAGCCUGAACCUCGGGAACAUUCCUAUCGUGUGUCCAGUGGGGGAGACGGCCAGCGGUCAGUCUGUGCUGCUGGACUCGCUAGUGGUCACUGCCACAAUCUCCAAGACACUCCAGCCCCUAAAAGUGAUGUUCCUGAACAACAUCGGAGGCAUCCGCACCAAGAGUCUCAAAGUUCUGGGAAAGGUGAACCUGCCUGUGGACAUGGAGCUUCUGCAGAGUGCGGACUGGAUCAACCCAAAGGACCAGCGCCGGGCCUCGCUCAUCAUGGAGCUCCUGAACCACAUGCCGACAGAGUCCUCCGCCGUCAUCACCUCUGCCAGCACCAUCCUCGCCGAGCUGUUCAGCCACAAAGGUUCAGGGACCAUGUUUAAGUAUGCAGAGCCUGUCCGCAGGUACAGUAGCCUGGAUGAGGUCGAUAUUGAUCGUCUCCUGUCUCUGAUCAACAAAUCCUUUGGAAAAAACCUGAAAGGGGAUUACAUUGUCUCUCUGCAGAAGCGGCUGCACUCCAUCUAUCUCUGUGAAGGCUACACUGCGGCUGCUAUCCUCACGAAGGAGCCAGUGAAGAGCGGGACCCUCUAUCUGGACAAGUUUGUGGUGAGCAGCAGCAGGCAGGGCCAGGGCGCCAGCCAAAUGCUGUGGGAGUGCAUCCAGCAGGAAGUGACCUCGCUCUUUUGGAGGUCCCAGGCCUCCAAUCGCAUCAACCCGUGGUACUUCAAGCAGUGCGAUGGUAGUUUCGUCAAGGGCAAAUGGAUUGUCUUCUGGUACGGGCUGUCGGACAUUCGGGACUCAUACGAUCUGGUAGACUACGCCAAGAACAUGCCGGAAUCAUUUAACAUCCCAGCAAUGGGAGGUCCAGCUGAGCUGGUCCUUCCUGAACAUUGAACCAGCUGACCAUCCCGCUCGCCUGCUGCCCUGCAUUUGACAUCGUAGUGAGGGGUUGGGGGGGGGGGGGGACCUCCCCAAAGG